CCUAGUGUUGUUGUCCUUACUGCCUGUCCAGUACCCGAGGCACUUACGUACAUCAGGUGCAGCUUUAAGGGUGGCGCCCGACUGUCACCGACUCUCUCCAGAAUUGGCGGCGGACCAGGGUUUUUUUUUCCUUGUGAGGGGAAGCUCCCUGACAACCGAGCCCCCGCUGCGCCGGUCCCCCCCUCCUCGCAUCUCUUGUUGUCCAACCGCUCGGUCAGAGCGGCUGACGUGUGCAGCCCUGCCUGCCUGUCUGACUGUCUCCAAGGCAGGUCCACGUUUUGGGGGGGUGUGUAGGAAGGAACUGCAGAUGCUAGUUAUAAACCGAAGAUAUAGACACAAAACGCUGGAGUAAACUCAGCGAGGCAGGCAGCAUCUCUGGAGAGAAGGAAUAGAGAGACGCCAAGAAAACAGCCGGCGUGAGUUGGGAAACAGAAACACGGAUGACAUGUUGGAUCUCUCCUGAGCCGGGACCACAGGAGGAGUUUAGUUGUUCAACACAAAGCUCCUGGUCGGCGAUCGUAAGGUUCGGGAGCAGCUGGACUUUGCAGAUGUAGAAGCGAUGGAGUUAAGUUGCCACAAAGUGCCAAUAUAUGGGCAACUGUCCGUGUUGGCAGAGUUUGAAGAAACCUGUCUCUUACCAGAAAAUGUGGAGUUGUACUUUAUUUAUGAGGGGUCACGUCAGAUGCAUGUCACUAUGGCACAGAUACUGGAUGCUAGGACACUGAAGUCAGUUAUUCCAGGUCAUGAUAUUUUGGAAGAUGUUACAGUUUCUGCCUGCAUGUACACAGAGAGACACUUGUUAUCUAUCCUUGGAAGCAGUCAGAUAACCUACAUUCAGGAUGUUGUGUAUGAACUAGCUCAGGUUCUGAUUAGAAGUGUUGGCACAGUCACCUGCGGUAGUUACCUGGCACUGCUUGAACAAUUUGGCCUAACCAUCGAGGCAGCGCAGUCGUUGGAUGAGAAGAUAACGGCUGCCGCUGAACACAUAGAAUUACCUCCAUCUUGGAAUCUCCUUGGAAAUUGGCCGGAACAAGAGCUAAUUCCCAGGGAAACCUUGCUACAUGUUGCAGUGAGAUUAGGUCUUUAUAAAUUCUCGCAGUUUCUGCUGUGCAAACCUGGUGGAGUCCAAGCGGUUAUGGUGCCGAAUGAAGAAGGGGCAACACCUGUGGACUUGGCAAUGCAGAAUGGACUGCAGCACCUUGCCGAAUAUUUCAAAGAUCUUCUGAAUUCCCGCAUCACUCCCUCAACUGGAUUUUCUAAGACGUUUGGUGACAGCUACAUAUUGCAGAAAUGUCUUAAUGGACCAACCACCUAUAUAUUGACCAUGGAAAACACCAGAAGGCAAUCACUUGAGGCAGACAUUCUACUUCUGCAGAGAUAUAUACAAGAGAAUGCAAUGGUGGAUUUUCAGAGCAGUGCGAAUGUGAAGAAAUUGUUGUAUCUCCCUUCCACAGAAGAGGCUGACAGCGAAGUGGAAUCAGAUGAAGGAUCUUGUUUUGAGAUGCCUACCUGUGAAACUGAUCAGUCAUCAGGACACUUCGACGGGAAGGCCGGCAUUAAGCCUGUUAGCAUGGUGGAAGACCAAAGAAGUUCAUCACUGGAUGAAGUGCAUCAAAACUUACUGGAUACAGGUACUGGAGAUUGUUCAAUAUUUGAAAAUGAUGCACAAAUUUGGAAAGGAGCAUAG